AUGGUCAUACUACGUUAUUACGAUGCUGAGGCCUUCGAUGCGGCGGAGGAGGAGCAAGUGUUGCGUCGCCUUCGGGUGAUCGAUCCUCAGUUGUUAUCGGUGCACAUGGAGCGUUGUUAUCACCUGGAAUAUAACCAGGUGAAGCAACAUACCUUGGCCCUGGAGCAGCUGAUGUGUUGGCUGGUACGGCAACCUCUUCAGUCAAAGGAGACUCUCAGCAAACGGGCCACGUUGCGGGCGGAGAAGGGAACCCAGGUGCUGGUGGAGAUCGGACCACGUUUCAACUUUUCCACUCCGUACUCGACCAACUGUGUGAACAUCUUUCAGAAUCUCGGCUACACGGAGGUGCAACGCAUGGAGACCUCCACGCGUUAUCUCCUGACCUUUGCCACCUCCGCGUCACGUGAUGCCGCUGAUUUUGUGUCUCAGCUGGGAGAUCGGAUGACGCACUGUCAGUACACGGAGGGGAAUACGCCGCGGGAGAGCUUCGAUGAGCAGCUGCCGGCAAAACAAGCUGCCUGGCAUUAUGUGCCCGUGUUGGAGGAAGGUCGUCCGGCGCUGGAGAGGAUUAAUCGUGAACUGGGCUUGGCAUUCACCGACUACGACUUGGAUUUCUAUUACAACCUGUUUGCCCAGAAACUUAAACGUAAUCCCACCACCGUGGAGCUGUUUGAUUGCGCCCAGAGCAACAGUGAGCACUCGAGACAUUGGUUCUUCCGGGGACGCAUGAUGCACGAGGGCAGGGAGUUGCCCAAGUCGCUCAUCAAGCUGAUUAUGGACACGCAGCUCGACACGAAUCCCAAUAAUACCAUCAAGUUCAGUGACAACAGCAGCGCCAUCAAGGGAUUCGAGCAUGAAGCACUGCAGCCAAAAGAGAUUGGGGCACCAGGCGUUAUGGAACUGCAAAAGGUGCAUUCUGAUUUGAUCUUUACGGCCGAAACCCAUAACAUGCCCACAGCUGUGGCACCAUUUAGUGGUGCAACCACCGGUACUGGAGGACGCCUCCGAGAUGUCCAGGGCGUGGGACGUGGUGGCUUACCCAUCGCUGGCACCGCCGGCUACUGUGUGGGUGCAUUGAAUAUUCCGGGUUACAAGCAACCAUACGAACCAUCGGGAUUAAAGUAUCCCAGCUCGUUUGCACCUCCACUCCAGGUGCUGAUCGAGGCCAGCAACGGCGCCUCGGAUUAUGGCAACAAGUUUGGAGAACCUCUAAUAUCGGGAUUCACCAUAUCCUAUGGAUUAUACAAUGCUGCCCAGCCCACGACACGGGAGGAAUACGUUAAACCGAUUAUGUUCAGCGGAGGAUUGGGCACUAUGCCAGCUUCGAUGCGGGACAAGGUGACGCCGGAGCGUGGCCAGUUGCUGGCCAAGAUUGGAGGUCCGGUUUACCGCAUUGGAGUGGGUGGCGGUGCCGCUAGCUCGGUGGAGGUACAGGGAUCCGGCGAUGCAGAGCUGGAUUUCAAUGCGGUGCAACGUGGAGAUCCCGAGAUGGAGAACAAACUGAACCGCGUAGUGCGCGCCUGCAUCGAGUUGGGUGAACGUAAUCCCAUCUUGGCCAUACACGAUCAAGGCGCUGGCGGCAAUGGCAAUGUGUUGAAGGAACUCGUUGAACCAGGAUUCGCAGGUGCCAUCAUCUUCUCGCGGGAAUUCAAGCUGGGUGAUCCCACCAUCACCGCUCUGGAGCUGUGGGGUGCCGAGUACCAGGAGAAUAAUGCCAUACUCCUUAAGCCCGAGCAUCGGGAAUUGCUCGAAAGGAUCUGCGCCCGUGAACGUUGUCCCAUUAGCUUUGUGGGCGUCGUCACGGGCGAUGGCAAAGUAACGCUCGUGGAGCAGGCGGCACCCAAGGAUUUGGAGCAGGCAUUACGACCGGAAGUGCGUAAGGCUUAUGGAGCAGCUCCAUUUGACCUCGAACUGUGUCACGUACUCGGCGACAUGCCUAAGCGUACUUAUAAUCUGGAUGUCGUACCAAUUCCUCGCGAGAAACUAAAGCUGCCGGUGAAUUUGUCAAUCCCUGAUGCCUUAGAGAGGGUAUUAAGUAUUGUUGCCGUGGGCAGCAAACGCUUCCUUACCAACAAAGUGGAUCGUUGUGUGGGCGGCCUCAUUGCCCAGCAACAAUGCGUCGGUCCAUUACAGGCUCCUCUCUCCGACUACGCCCUGACCACCGUCUCACAUUUCAGCUACUCCGGCAUUGCCACCUCCAUUGGCACACAGCCGAUCAUGGGAAUCGUCAAUCCCGUGAGCAUGGCUCACAUGUGUGUGGCUGAGGCGCUGAGUAAUCUGGUUUUUGUAAAGAUUAGCGAAUUGGCAGACAUCAAGUGCUCCGGCAAUUGGAUGUGGCCAGCAAAGUUGCCUGGUGAAGGCUUUAAAAUGUAUGAGGCUUGUUUUGAACUGAGCCAAGUGUUAAGGAAACUACGAAUUGGCAUUGAUGGCGGCAAGGAUUCACUUUCCAUGGCUGCCAAAGUGGAUGGAGAGAUUAUUAAAUCACCAGGAACACUUGUGCUCUCCACCUAUGCACCUUGUCCGGAUGUGCGUGUAAGGGUGACGCCCGAUCUCAAGGGUCCGGCGAGUGGAAAGGAAACCGCCUUGAUUUGGAUUAAUAUUGAAAAGUCUGCCAGGUUGGGUGGAUCGGCGUUGGCUCAGGCUUAUUCCCAACAGGGUGACUCCACGCCCGAUAUGACGGAGACCAAGGUGUUGACCAAGGCCUUUGAGGUGACCCAAUCCCUAUUGGGGGAGGGACAUCUGCUUUCUGGCCAUGACAUCAGCGAUGGCGGUUUGCUGGUUUGUGUCUUGGAGAUGGCAAUCGGAGGAUUAUCAGGAGUCCAACUCGAUAUGACGGAGGCAAGCGCAGGAAUUUCCGGCUCCUUCAUGGAAAUCGGCGUCGAUGUCAGUCUGUUGUUUAGCGAGGAGUGCGGUUGGAUCCUAGAGGUAGACAAGUCCAAUCUACAGCUUGUCCGGGAUCGUUUCAAGCAGGCUGGAGUGCCCAACUUUUAUCUGGGCACAACUCACGGCUACGGCUUGGACAAGUCUCAAGUGGUUAUCACUAGAGGUUCCACAAUCCUACUGAAUGAGUCGUUGCUUAAGCUCUACAAGCAGUGGGAGCGCACCAGCUACGAACUGGAGAAACUACAGGCCAAUGUCGACUGUGCUCAGUCGGAAUAUGACAGUCUGGAUUAUCGUCAUGCUCCCCAGUACAAGGGACCAGUGAAUCUGCAGGCGGAACUGACUCUCACCCGUAUCUCACAACCCAUUCGAGUCGCUGUAUUGCGUGAGGAAGGCGUCAACAGUGAGCGUGAGAUGAUGGCCAGUUUAUUGAGGGCCAACUUUGAGGUGCACGAUGUUACCAUGUCGGAUCUGUUGGCAGGCAGCACGAGCCUCUCACAGUAUCGUGGCUUGGUCUUUCCGGGUGGCUUCAGCUAUGCGGAUACCUUGGGAUCCGCCAAGGGCUGGGCAGCCAACAUUCUGCACAGUGAGUUGCUGCGUCCACAGUUCGAGGCAUUCAAGAAGCGUGAGGAUGUGUUUUCCUUGGGCAUCUGCAAUGGAUGCCAACUGAUGACAUUGAUUGGCUUCGUGGGCAGCACAAGUGUCACGGCUUCAACUCCAGUUAAUCCCGAGGUGGCGCUCUUGCACAAUCGUUCCCAGCGCUUCGAGUGUCGUUGGUCAACGGUGAGGAUUCCGUCGAGUCGCGCCAUUAUGUUGCGUAACAUGAACGAGAUGGUCUUGGGUUGUUGGGUGGCCCAUGGCGAGGGACGUUUCGCCUUCCAGCGAAAGGAGCUGAUGCAGCAGCUGCAAAAGGAGCAGCUGGUCACGUUGGAGUAUGUGGAUGAUAAGGGUGUGCCAACGGAACUGUAUCCAAUGAAUCCCAAUGGCAGUCCCCAGGGCAUUGCUGGUCUCUGCUCACCAGAUGGUCGGCAUCUGGCAUUGAUGCCUCAUCCAGAGCGUUGCAGUGCCAUGUAUCAGUGGCCAUAUGUGCCUCCAGGAUUCAACCAGGCCACCACAAGGAUGGAAAGUCCUUGGCAGCUUAUGUUUAACAAUGCUUACAAAUGGUGUGCCCAACUGGACAAAUAAUUUGUAUUCCUUAUAAAUAUCAUCAUUCCUUUCUUUCCAUUUUAACAAUUCUCAAUUUAGAAUAUACCAUUUAUAAUCUAUGGGAACUGAAGAAUUUGCAAUUAUAAAUUGUAAUUAUUUUUCGACAAGAAUAACAUUUAUCUUCAAACUCCAAUAACGAAAUUAACCUUAGGAACGAAUCCUUUUCGGAUAUCUAUAUACUCGUAUUUUUUCAAUUCCUUUUUAUAUUUUCACACUUCUAAAAGCAAUUUGAAGUUAUUUUUACGAACCGCAGAUUAUGCAAUAAUAAGUGAGAUGUCAAACUUAAAAAGCUA